AUGGGGAACACAUCACAGGCCUACCUAGCAUGGGGAGGGACAAAUCCUCCGUUCAAAGAAGUGCAGGACCUAUGGCUUGAUUUAAAGGAUCCUGAAGAUAACAAACUGACCUUGAAAGGUCUUCGUAAGAAGAUGAUCGGCGAAGAGAGGCCACGGUUUGUGAAGCCUUACGUCUUGUACACUAUUGGCAAGUUGACUUGGUUCUAUGAGAAAUUCCGAGUCGACCAUAUUGAUCGCACCAUUUCAUACCUUCAACGAGAUAAACCAUUGAUCCAAUACUGGGACGAAGCAAAGGCUGGAAAGGUCGACAAAAUGGUUGAGGACCUCAGACGCCCUUGGAAGCCAGUGCCCAAGGUUUCACAUCAACCUACAAAGUCUGCUUUUGAGGUCGAUGGGACACUAGGCCGCGUACUCGCCCAGGUGGGAGAGAUAAAAGCAAUAGUGUCUCAGCAAUACUCAGAGAUUUCCGCACAACUGGACGGAGUACAAAGGCGCCAGAAGCAAAACAGCAUGCGCUUGGAGGACUUCAUUUGUGCAUUCAAUGAUCAUCGAUUUGGCGUAGGACAGAAGGACUUUAAUGAGGGUCAGAGAGUUAAUAAUAUCAAGAAAACCUCAAAGAAUGUUGCUGCUAGUACAAAUGAAGUGCCAAAGUGUGUCUACAGCAACCCCAGCAAGAACCUUGCUGGGGAAUUUGAGAAGGUAAAGAAAACACCUGUGGACCCCCACAAAGGAAAAACAGACAGAGAUGACGCUGUGGACUCAUUUGGUAAGCGUUUUAGGAGUGACAGCAAGAACUUACCCUCCCAAUCUGAGGUCAGCAUCACAUGUCUGAACCAUAUUGCUAGCAAAGGUUUUAUUUCAACCAUAUUCUUAACUUGA